AUGGCGGAGCAGCAUUCCGGCCUGGCCUUUGUGCGAGCGCUCUACCAGUGCAGGGAGCUGGGCGCGGCGUUGACACGCUUUUCAUCACCUGGCAGCCUGUAUGACGUCAAGAGAGCGCUGGCAUCAGCAGGCGCCGCCAGCAGUGCCUCACAUGAGGAGGCCGUCAGCAGCGGUGCGGCGCUGGUGGCAAAGCUGGUGCUCAAGGAGCUGGAUGUGCCUGAGCACCGGUUCACGUGCGAGGCCACAGAGGAGGGGCUGGAGGUGGUGCAGCACCUGCAGCGCGCGGUGUUUGGGGAGGGCAGCAUGCGGCAGGGCUUUGUGCAGUGCGUCUACCUUGCCACGCUAGCGCAGGCCGUCCAGGCUCUGCAGCUGGUGACGGCGGCGCUGCUGGACCUGGUGGCCCCCCACAACUGCCUCAGCCUCCUCAGCCUGGCCUCCGGCUGCGGCUGCGGGGCGCUGCGCCGCAAGGCGCGCGCCCUGGCGCUGCGCGCCUUCCCGGCCGCCUGCCAGCGGGACCCCAACGGCCUGCUGGCGAUGGAGGAGGAGACGCUGAUGCGCCUGCUGUGCAGCGACGCGUUGAGGGUGGGCAGCGAGCUGGAUGUGUUCCACGCGCUGGUGGCCUGGACAGAGUGCGAGGCAGAGGCGCGGCGGCCGCGCUUUGCGGCGCACCUGGCGGCCUGCGUGCGCCUGGGAGGCAUCUCCAUGGAUGAGCUGUACACCAUGGACGACCACCCGCUGCUGGAGACAGCAUGCCUGGCGCGUGCGCCGCCCCUCGGCCCCGCCACCCUCAACGGCCCCGUGGCUGCUGACCGGCUGGCCAACAUGCUGAUGGCUCAGGUGUACCUGCACAUGGCGAUGGGCGUACCGCUGGACAGCCCCCUGGGCCUGCGCACAUCAGCACGCCGCCGCCACUGCCAGCGCAGCGGCAGCGACGGCAUUGCUGGUGCCGCCGGCGGGGCCCAGGAGCCGGCGGCUGCCGGAGAGGCGGCCGGGGAGCGGGCGCCAGCAGCGGCGGCGUGCGGGCUUGCGGAGCACGCGGGCCGGCACGGCUCGGCGUUUGAGGCGGCCGUGUGCGGCUUCUCGCGCCGCCGGCAGCAGGCGGCGGCGGCAGAGGCAGGCGCAGGGGCAGGGGAGGGCGUGCGGAGGACGUCGGCGGACGCCUGCGGCACCGGCCUGGCGGCUGAGGGUGCAGGCACAGCCGCGCCUGGCUGCGGCGCGCCCAGCUCCCCAGCAGCCCUCACCCAGGCGCCCACCCCCACCGUUGCGGCCCAACCGGCCGCUGCCGGCGCCGCGGCGCCGGUGCAGACGCUGUCCCGCGUGCGCCACGUUGGCGUGCCGCAGCGCGCCCCCAGCCGCCGCACCCUGUUUGCGCCGGCGCCAGCCUGCGGCGAGCAGGAGCCGGGCAGCAAGGCGGCCCCGGCAGCUGCGGAGGCGGCGGCCGCUGGCGUCAGCGCAGCCGCCGGUACCGCCGGUACCGGUGACGUCGUGCUGGGCAGCGUGGGCCUGGAGAUGUGCAUGUCCCCCAGCCGGUCCAGCCUGCAGGCCCUGGUGCAGCAGGCGGCGGCAGCCGCGGCCGCCGCCGCUGCACAGCCGGAGGUGGGCGCCUGGGAGAGCCGCAAGCGCCUUCGGUUCGAGUGA